CUCUCUCUCUCUCUCUCUCUCUCUCUUGCCAGCAUUUUUUGAGUUCUACCUCUUCGUUUCAAAAAGAGCUGCCAGCAUGUACGUAUAUAACCACAAUCAAGAAGCAACACGCAGGGUCCGAGCCAAACCACCAUUUAUCUUAGUUUCCAUAUAUCUAGCUAAUUAAGUCAGAGCUCAGUGUCUUCCCUUCUCUAUUAAUAAUAUUAUGUUCGAUCAGUGUAGAACUACAGUUAAUUUCAUUGGGAUAUUUACGCUUAAUUAUAUCCCCACAGGAGAUCAUACUGUCUGAUGCAAUGAGGUGAGCCCCUACUUUUCUGGAUUGCUAUUAGGCUGUUAAGAGUGUUGACCAACAAAGAUCUCAUCGCCAUUCAGCACUGUUCACCCUUCCAUUUUAACUACUGCAAAAAAAUCAAAUUCCCAGAUCAAGAAAUGGGUCCUCAGAGUCGGACGCAGUGUCCUGGAGGUGGGACGACGUCGUCGUCGGUUCAUCAGCAGCUCAUCAGGACAUCCUCCAGCUCCGACUCCGAUCCGUCGGCCCAAUAUCGCCGGAGCUCCAAGUCCAAGGUGGCAGCGGCAGCAGCAGCUGGGCAGCUGCGCAGAUCAUCAUCCCCAAGAGCGGUGCACUCCGACCCAAUGAAUCAUCAUCAGAAGAUCAAACUGGGCACUCGCAUUGCAGAUUUAGAAACUCAGCUGGGGCAAGCCCAGAAAGAGCUCAAGUACCUUAAACUGCAGUUGGCUUCUGCCCAAGCUGCAAAGCAACAGGCUCAGCAGGAAUUGCAAAAGAAACCCAAAACCAAAACCAAACCCAAGAAACCUGCUGCUGCUGCUCGAGAUCCAGCAGCAGCAGUCAAUAUCAAACAGAAGCAGCUGCUUCACAACCAUAUGGAUCCUCCUCCUGCGGAAACUGAUGCGUUUGAAGUUCCAAUGAUGGAGGAGGAGGAGGAGAAAGCUUCGGUUGAGUCGACCAAUGUAGCCGUGGGGCUUACCCAGUCACAAUCGCAAUCAACAGAAAACGGAGAAGAAGAAGAGACCACCAGCAAGCAUGUUGAGGAUGAACCAUCAUUCGUCAAAGAUAAUGAUCAUCUGGAUUUGAACAAAAAGGAGGAUGAGGAUGAGAUAGAGACGGUGAAAGUCAGUGUAGAAGAAGAGAAACAAGGGGGGAAGCUGGAAGAUUUGUUGAUGAGCGGAGAGAACGAGAUAAUUAGGGUGAAAAAGCAGGAGGAGAAAGAAUUUGGAUUGAGGUUGGGAAAAAUGGAAGAAGAACUGAAGGCAAGCAGAGCAAAUGAAGUAGGGCUGAAGGAGAAGCUGGAAGCGGCGGAAGGGGCGAGGGAGGCAUUGGAAGCAGAGAUGAAGAAGCUGAGAGUGCAGACGGAACAGUGGAGGAAAGCAGCUGAUGCAGCCGCCGCGGUGCUUGCUGCCGAUGGGAAUGGGAAUGUGAACGGGAGGAGGAUUAACACUGCAGACAGGUGUACUGGUUCCAUGGGUAAUUAUAAACAGCAGUUUGGAGGUGAUCAAUUUGAGGCGCCGCCAGUGGAUGUGAACUGGUUUGCCGGUGGUGGUGGUGGUGGUGGUGCAGCCACUGAUGAUUUUGACGAUGCAUUAUUUGGGAGUGGGAAGAGGAAGAGUUCUGGCAUUAGAAUGCUUGGGGAGCUGUGGAAGAAGAAGGGCCAGAAAUAACUCUCUUGUGUAAUGCUUUGAGAAGCUUUCUCACUGUUAAGUGUUAGGCUAAGUUAAAUAUGAUGUGUUUUUAUUUUUUUGAUGGGGUGUGAAAUGGUUGCUUACCCUUUCACCUGUUUUUUAUUUUAUUUUUGGAUUGGCUGGGGGCAUGCAUAUGUUGGCACAGGCUCAUCUAUUAAGUGUCUUGCUUGCUUGCACUCUCUCUUUAAAUUUAAAAUGGCGAUGGAGAACCCCCUGGCCGGAAUGGAAUCAAUCAGCUGUGGCAGCCCGAUGUUGACGGUAUGUGUUGCUUGCAGCGGUUCCAUGAGGACUUUGUUUAGAUUAGAGAAAGUAAAUGAAAAUAAGAAAGUAUUUAUCAA